AUGCCACUCGCGAUGCACAACACGCCAGUCGGGCGACGCUACGCAACUCAGCGUACUAAAGCAAACAGUGUCUUAGCAGUGCCUAGCAACGCAGCUUCCGCUUACACUAUCGUCUCACCAAUCAAUGAUGCGUUCCACCAACUGCCAUCAGUCCACGCUGAGAGUGCGCAACAAGCAGUCCACAGCAAGCCUGGACGCGGUUCGUUCGCCAGUCUGCAAUCUCGAAGGGGCGGCGCUGACUCUAGGUACAGAGGCGGCAGGACUGGCAUCUUCAUCCCACCGAGCGCGGAAGAGAUUGAGAGGUAUGCUAACAGGCCGUUGCCGCCAACGCCAAAGUCGUCAGCUUCCAGUUUCGAGGUCAAGGAGUAUACCGUCCCGGUCGUCGUUGCAGAGUGGCGAAACAAGCCGCUGCCGCCAUCGCCUGACUCCGUGAGCUCAGUAGAACGACAGGCGGCCAAAACAACGACCAAAAGACAUAUGGAGACUCCGUUCGGUGCCACUGUGGUGGACGACUCACGCGACGGUACGGGCCUGCGGCGCUGUUGGCCUGGGAGGCAGGCGAAGAGGAUGCUCAACUGGCUUCGUAGACGCCGCAUCUGA